AUGCCUACCGUCAUCCACCACAGAGUCGACACCAAGCCCUUUGAGCGCCGCACGUCGCUCUCGCCUGUCUCCGCCAAGGCCCUCCUCGAUGCUGGCUACAUUGUUCGCGUCGAGCGAUCCCCCGACCGCAUCUACAACGAUGAGGAAUACGAGAAAGUUGGCGCUGAGCUGGUCCCCGCCGGAUCAUGGCGUGAGGCACCCAAGGAGGAUGUCAUCCUGGGGUUGAAGGAGCUCCCUGAGGACGACAGGCCAUUGGAGCAUGCACACAUCUCAUUUCAACACGCGUUCAAGAAGCAGGACGGAUGGGAGGCUAACCUCUCCCGCUUCGCUCGCGGCGGCGGCAAGCUUUACGACCUCGAGUUCCUCACGGAAGAAAACGGCCGCCGCGUCGCCGCCUUCGGCUACUGGGCAGGGUACGCCGGGACCGCGAUUGCACUGCUCGCUUGGGCGCACCAGAUCCUCAACCCUGGAGAGGCUCUGGGACAUGUGCCAACAUACGACUCGGCUACUGCCCUCGCUGAACAGAUCAAGGCGAACUUGGAACCUGCUGUCGCGGCCAACGGCGGCAAGUACCCUCGCGGCAUUGUCAUUGGCGCCUUGGGACGGUGCGGCAAGGGAGCCACUGACAUGUUCCGCACAGCGGGCAUCCCCGAGGACUCGAUCCUGAAGUGGGACAUGGAGGAGACCAAGAAGGGAGGCCCCUUCCAGGAGAUUGUGGAAUCGGACAUUUUCAUCAACUGCGUGUACCUUGGCCCCCACAAGAUCCCACCGUUUGUAACAUUCGAGACCCUCAACAAGGCCGAUCGCCGCCUGCGCAUCAUCUGCGACGUCAGCUGCGACCCCAACAGCGAGAACAACCCCAUUCCCAUCUACUCCACGUGGUCAACGUUCGACAAGCCAACUGUACCCACAUCGAAGGAGAUUCCCGAAGGCCCAGAGCUGAGGAUCAUCUCCAUCGAUCACCUGCCAACCUUGGUGGCGCGCGAGUCGAGUGAUGAGUUCUCUUCGCUCCUGCUUCCCAGCCUUUUGACCCUGGACAAGAGGGAUACCGAUGCCUCAGCCGUUGCCUUGACCCUGACCAUUGCCUUGACCGUUGCCCUGCCCCUGGCCGUUGCCUUGACCCUGACCAUUGCCUUGACCGUUGCCCUGCCCCUGGCCGUUGCCUUGACCCUGACCAUUGCCUUGACCGUUGCCUUGGCCCUGGCCGUUGCCUUGGCCCUGGCCGUUGCCUUGGCCUUGACCAUUGCCUUGGCCCUGACCGUUACCAUGGCCCUGGCCGUUACCUUGACCGUUGCCUUGGCCCUGGCCGUUGCCCUGGCCUUGACCAUUGCCUUGGCCCUGACCGUUGCCUUGGCCUUGACCGUUACCAUGGCCCUGACCAUUGCCUUGGCCCUGACCACUGCCCUGGCCCUGACCACUGCCUUGGCCCUGACCAUUGCCUUGACCGUUGCCCUGCCCCUGGCCGUUGCCUUGGCCCUGACCGUUGCCUUGGCCUUGACCAUUGCCUUGGCCCUGACCGUUACCAUGGCCCUGACCAUUGCCUUGACCGUUGCCUUGGCCCUGACCGUUACCAUGGCCCUGACCAUUGCCUUGGCCCUGACCGUUACCAUGGCCCUGGCCGUUACCUUGGCCUUGACCAUUGCCUUGGCCCUGACCGUUGCCUUGGCCUUGACCAUUGCCUUGGCCCUGACCGUUACCGUGGCCCUGACCGUUACCGUGGCCCUGACCGUUACCGUGGCCCUGACCGUUACCGUGGCCCUGACCGUUACCGUGACCCUGGCCGUUACCGUGGCCCUGACCGUUGCCAUGGCACUUUCCUUGACCGCCAGGAUGGUCUGUCUCCUCCGCGUCG